AUGGACCAUCCGCUGCUUUGCAACAAUCUGAAAUGCAGAACUGAGCUCACCGAGCGUGCUCUCGUUACAACAUGCAGUCACAAUUUCUGCCUGCCUUGUGCACGUCAAUUCGGGUUUGUAGAAGCCAACGGGGCAAUACUACCGGGAACCGGAAGGCACCAUAUCUGCCCAGCAUGCAGGGCUGACUUGCCGGGCCAAGACGACGCUGUCAUCACCCACCUAAAUCCGAGUGAUGAUUACAAAACGAGUAUUCUGAGUGGCUUGAGUCCGAGCACUGUCAUGGAGUGCGCUGGACGGGCGCUGAGCUUUUGGGCGUACCAGGCCACUCAGGAGAUGCACUUUCAGCGACAUCUCUAUCAAACCAUGGUAGAUAAAUAUUCGGCGCUUGCGGCCGAACUAGAAAGGAGAACGACCGAAGCGAAUUCGACGAUCAGCAGCCUGCAAAGCAAGUUACAGACAACCAUCUCCGAAUACGAGUUUUUACAGCAAAAGAACGAGGAUCUUGCGCGUAUGCAUAAGGACAAAUGUCGAAAGCUACUGCAAACGCAGGAAGCGCAUGACAAGGAAAAGAGAAAAAUUGAGCUGGGACAACUUCAGCAGGCUGCCUCAGCGGCCGUCGACUCCGAUCUGCAGAAUACAGGCCGUAUACCACCACAGAUUGUGGAUGGGGCCUUACAGGACAGAGGUCCUAGAAAGGUCCAAAACCAUCCGGGUGGGCUCAGCUCUGGGCACGGAUAUGAGUCCAUUGCAUCCAUGAACUCGUCCCUUCCCCGAGCAACUCAUAGAGGGCACGGGGGGUGGGACAAACAAUCACUGGUGCAGCCCCGAGGAAGUAAGUACCAUCAGUGUCUCAAAUUAACAAUAUUGAUUCUUAACAGCACCAGAUGA